UGUAAAGCACUAGCCUCAGUCAUGUGAUAUAAAGAUUGUCACACAGACAACCCUUCAUGGCUUCAAUUUUCAUGCUCAUCCUGUCCUUCUUAUGCAGCCAAGGACUAUGUUCUUCUUCUGUGGCUGCAACAAGCACAAUCAGAGUUGGUGAUCAACUCAACUCCACUACGAAACUUGUCUCCGAAAAUGGGAACUUCACUUUAGGAUUCUUCACUGUGGGACGCCCAAAUUCCCAGAAUUCCAGUUACUUUGGAGUAUGGUACACAAAUGAUAACCAAUGGAGGAAAGUUUGGGUUGCCAAUCCAAACUCACCCAUCACUAACAGCUUUGGGGUCCUCACAAUCGACAGCACCGGAACUUUGAAAAUUACCAGCGGAGGGAGCAGUAUUAUGAUUCUUCAUGAUCAGAAUGGGACAGUUAAUGCAACGGCUACACUAGAAGAUUCUGGUAACUUUGUCCUGAUGGAUGCAGCUGAUAGGAGGAUUCUAUGGCAAAGCUUUGAUCAUCCUACCAACACCCUUUUGGCCGGUAUGAAACUUGGUUAUAAUCUCACAUCCCGGCAAAAUUGGACGCUUACUUCUUGGCUAAAUGGUUAUGUCCCGGCGGCUGGCGCUUUCGAUUUAAGCUUGGAAUCCAUUGGAGACUCAGCACAGUUGGUCAUUCAUCGGCGAGGAGAACUUUACUGGACAAGUGGGCCUUGGAAUAAUGUAAAUUUCGAAUUCGUGGUCGCCUUGAAACACGCACGUUAUCCGUACAACUCCAACUACGUCUCUAAUGGUGCUGGGAAGUAUUUCACUUUUGAUGCUACCGACGCCAAUAUAAAUAUGCUGGAAUUGACUUCAAAGGGGGAGAUUCUUGAUGGUGCUAAUAGUAGUUUCGUUAGCCCUGCUGGUUUUUCCCAGGUUAUCUGCUGUUUAGCGGAUAAUGGGUUUGUGAACACUGUGUUGCCCAGGUGCCGGAGCCAAAACGAUAGUUUCCAGGAAAAAAGUGCUUAUUUUUUGGGCACAACUAGUAUCUAUGUAGACAAUACAAUCUCAAGUCUAAGUGAUUGUAUGGAAAGGUGCUGGAACAAUUGCAGUUGUGUUGGUUUUGCCAGCAGUAGCGAUGGAACAAGCUGCGUAAUGUGGAGUGGAAAUGAUAAAUAUCAAAUAGAUGAGACCGGUAAAUCUGUGAAGACGCAUGUGCUCGUUUCAUCAAUGCUGGUUUCAUCAAUGCCGCCGCCGUCGGUUUCAUCAAUGCCGCCGCCGUCGGUUUCAUCAAUGCCGUCGCCGUCGGUUACAUCAUUGCUGCCGGUUUCAUCAAAAUCCUCCAAAGGAAACAAGUGGAUAUGGGCAGUGAUUGCUAUAGCUAUCUUCCUAGGCUUGCUUACAUUGGGCUCUCUGUUGUACUUGAGAAUGAGAAAGCGUAGAAUAGAAGGGGAGGAGGAAAAAAGGAGAAAAGAGAAUUUACGGGCAUUGACAGCUUCAGUCACCUUAAACAAUGCAGAUGCUUUUGAAAACAAUGGAAGGGAACGGCACGAUUUGAAUAUAUUCAGCUUUGCCUCCAUUGCAGCAGCCACAAAUAACUUCUCGCAUCAAAAUAAGCUCGGAGAGGGUGGUUUUGGACCUGUUUACAAGGGACAAUUACCUGAGGGCCGAGAAAUAGCGGUCAAAAGACUCUCAAGAACAUCAGGUCAAGGGCUUGUGGAGUUCAAGAAUGAGCUCAUACUCAUAACCAAACUCCAGCAUACUAAUCUUGUUCGGGUUCUUGGAUGCUGCUUACAUGGAGAAGAAAAGAUGUUAAUUUAUGAGUACAUGCCCAACAAGAGCCUUGACUUCUUCCUUUUUGAUUUAGCUAAAAGGGAGCUCUUAAACUGGGAAAUACGAAUAAAUAUCAUCGAUGGGGUCGGUCAAGGCUUACUUUACCUCCACAAAUACUCAAGAAUGCGAGUAAUACACAGAGAUUUGAAAGCCAGUAAUAUAUUACUUGAUGAAAGUAUGAACCCUAAGAUUUCUGAUUUUGGCAUGGCAAGAAUUUUCAACCCAAACGAAAAGGAAGCAAUGACUAAUAGGGUUGUUGGAACAUAGUAAGUAAAAUAAUUUAUGAUUUGUGGAAGUAGUAACCUUCACUUUUAUAACCGAUAAUUGUUCCAAUCAAGCACUCUCUAAACUUGGGUCACAUAUUGUUUAUACCAUGAUAUAUUAAAGAAAUUCUAUACGAUCAUUAUAUACAGUGGUUACAUGUCACCAGAGUAUGCUAUGGAAGGGACUUUCUCUGUGAAAUCUGACGUCUUCAGUUUUGGUGUUUUACUCUU